CGGCCCGGCCCGACGGGAGCAGGAGGAGGCCAACAUGGCCACCAAGAAUUUCCGAGUCAGCGACGGAGACUGGAUCUGCCCCGACAAGAAAUGUGGAAAUGUAAACUUUGCUAGAAGAACCAGCUGUAAUCGCUGUGGUAGAGAAAAAACAACUGAAGCCAAAAUGAUGAAAGCUGGUGGAACUGAAAUAGGAAAAACACUUGCUGAAAAGAGUCGUGGUCUGUUUAGUGCUAAUGACUGGCAGUGUAAAACUUGCAGUAAUGUGAAUUGGGCCCGGAGAUCAGAGUGUAACAUGUGCAAUACUCCAAAGUAUGCUAAACUAGAAGAAAGGACAGGAUAUGGUGGAGGUUUUAAUGAAAGAGAAAAUGUGGAGUAUAUAGAACGUGAAGAAUCUGAUGGAGAAUAUGAUGAGUUUGGUCGCAAAAAGAAAAAGUACAGAGGGAAAGCAGUUGGACCUGCAUCUAUCUUAAAAGAAGUGGAAGAUAAAGAAUCAGAAGGUGAAGAAGAGGAUGAGGAUGAAGAUCUUUCUAAAUAUAAAUUAGAUGAGGAUGAAGAUGAAGAUGAUGCUGACCUCUCAAAAUAUAAUCUCGAUGCCAGUGAAGAGGAAGAUGGUAACAAAAAGAAAUCCAACAGGCGCAGUCGGUCCAAAUCUCGAUCGUCCCAUUCACGAUCUUCAUCUCGCUCAUCUUCCCACUCAAGCUCAAGGUCUAGGUCCAGGUCCCGAACAAGAAGUUCUUCCAGUUCCCGGUCAAGAUCUCGUUCCAGUUCCAGAGAACUUUCGAGAUCUCGUGGGUCGAAAUCAAGAUCCAGCUCCAGGUCCCACAGGGGGUCUUCCUCCCCAAGAAAAAGAUCUUAUUCAAGUUCGCGUUCAUCAUCUUCUCCAGAGAGAGCCAGAAAACGAAGUCAUUCUAGAUCUUCUUCCCCUGGUGAUCGCAAAAAAAGACGAACAAGAUCACGGUCACCCGAAAGGCGCCGCAGGUCAUCUUCUGGAUCAUCCCAUUCUGGUUCCCGUUCAAGUUCUAAAAAGAAAUAAUGCAUUAAAAUUCACACUUUAAAAAAAUAUUCCAAUAUAGUGCAUGAAGCAUAUUUUUAAGAAAUUGGUGUCUUGGUCAGAAGUGCUAAAUCUGCUAAAAGAAAUGCAUGUCUAUUGUUGCUUUCUGAGAAACUGCAGCUAUGUUCAUUCCUGAAAGUAAAAGUACAGUGCAUUUUAAGCCAUAAGAUGCCCAGAAUAGUUAUGUUUGUUUCAUUAAUGAAAAUAUUUGUUCUGUCUGUUUCUGGUUUACCGACAAAUUUCAUUUUGAAGUAUGACCACAUUUUUUCCCCUUUUCAGCAUGUAUCUUUUGGGAAGUGAGUAGUUGAAUGGGGGGGAACUCCAGUCAACAAAGUCACCUCUGACUGUCCUAGCUUGAACUUGCUGCCAAAGAAUGGGCCAGAAUCACUGGUGACCCCUCAUGAGCUUACUAAAGACCAAGCAGCCUAUUUCCCUUUACCAUUAUGAGGGUCACGCUGCCAGCGUUAUCCUUCAUAGCAUCAGUUCCAUAGCUGCUCAGAAACAGGAUACUCUGUUCUGAAACUCUUUACUGAGGAGUGUCUGGAGUCUAUUCUUUUUCUUUAAUGGAGAGGGAGCUAACUUAAAAAAAAAAAAAAAAAAAAUUAUCACCUAACAGAACAGUAUAUAAGCUUUGUUCCAAUUUCUAAGGGACAGGAAUAUCUCUCCCUUUCUCCCUUAGUUGAUAUUGGGGUGCAGAGGGCAAAUUAGCUCAACAAGGUUCAUCUCUUUUCCAUUAAUUCUCCAUUAUGGUGGAGGGUGUUGGGGGAGGGAACCAAAUUUCCCAUUGCUUACAUAUGGGAGUGGCAACUGACUCUUGAUAAGGUGACAACUUGAGUGCCCAUACGUGAAUUAUAUUAGUCUCUGAGUGGGAUGCUUCUGGCUAAAACCAAAGUGUCCUUGCUGCCUAACUGCAACCAAGCAAAUUUAGGAGGAAUGGCCUCCUAUCUGCUGGCCAACAGCUUCAGGGGAAAUUUGCAAAGCAUGGAGCCCUGAUCAGAUACUCUGCAUGGAGUGUCCUCCUGAGGUUCAAGUGAAUGUUUCUUUGUGUCCCCUUUACAUUUGCAUAUGCUUAUGGCUUAAAGUGCUUUUUAGGAAUUUUUUUGAUUUUUUUUUUUCCGCCCCCCAAAAAUUGGUUGUUUGAGCUCCGUUUAGUCUAUUGGGUUUUUAAAAAGGGUUUCUCUUAACAGUAUCUUCAGUGGCAGCACAAGGUAAGUAUAAAGGGAAAUCAACCAUUGCUUUUUUGUAGAUUGGAUGGUUGUUUUUUUUUUUUAGUUUUUUUUUUUAGUCAAACUGCAGCAAUUUGAAUAAGAAAGGUUUUAAACGUUAAUUUAAAAAAGACAAACGGAGCUAAUUCACGUUGAUGGAAAUGCAAUUCUUUAUUUGAAUAAAGUAAAUGCUUUUAAUUUUCUGGAGCGAUAUAAAACAUGACCAAAACAAUUUAAGUAGAAAUACUUUGAUAAUCCUUCUGCAGAAAACUAAACAUCUGCAAUUUUUUAUGUCUGAUUUUCUUUGCUUAGAUGUAGUAUAGCUUGCACAAGAACAUUUAGUCUCUUGUAACUGUGCCUCGACUUCUUCAAAGUCUACAUUCUAAAUUGUGGGGAUUUGAUACUCUACUAGAUGCUACAUGUUUCCCUUGGUUUAUUCUUGCGCUUUGUGAACUUACUACUUUUGCUGUACUUAGGUGCGAGUUUAUAAAUUUUGCAAAUAGUACAUCACAAAGACUUCUGAUUGGUUUCAUUGGUUUAACUAAACUGUACUAGUUCAUUUCGUGAAGAACUAAUGCUGUAGACAAAUGUAAAUAAAGUCUGUGAGUCGAGCACAGAGUGGUGUUUGUUAGAAAUAAAAUUCAGAUGCUUCAACCCCGAA